CCGCCUCUUCCCCUUCCUGCGGAGGUUGCCGCGAUGUCGGCGCUGGCGGCGAACCCCAACAACCCGGUGGUUUUCUUCGAUGUCACCAUCGGCGGGCAGGAGGUCGGCCGCAUGAAGAUCGAGCUGUUCGCCGAUGUCGUUCCCAAAACGGCGGAGAACUUCAGGCAGUUUUGUACAGGUGAAUUCAGGAAAGAUGGUGUCCCUAUAGGUUAUAAAGGAAGCACUUUCCACAGGGUAAUAAAGGAUUUCAUGAUCCAAGGAGGCGACUUCGUAAAUGGAGAUGGCACUGGAGUAGCCAGUAUAUACAGGGGUCCUUUUGCAGAUGAAAACUUCAAGCUGAAACACUCUGCUCCUGGCCUGCUCUCUAUGGCGAACAGCGGCCCGAGCACCAACGGCUGCCAGUUCUUCAUCACGUGCUCCAAGUGUGACUGGUUGGAUGGGAAGCACGUUGUGUUCGGUAAAAUUGUCGAUGGGCUGUUGGUCAUGAGAAAAAUUGAACUGUCUGUUUACAGGAUGCCAGGGAAUACCAGUGUCGAUAACUGGUAUUAUCGGUCGUCAUCGUUGUAACGUAGCAGGAAAUCUGGUGAAGCACAGGCUGUAUGGGUUGGCUUUGGAAGUGCUGGUCUCUCGUGGCUGGGGUAGCCUCUGAGCGGAAAUUGCGUUCUUGGGGCUUUAUUUGCUUUUGCGUUUGUUCAGGAAGCCGAAUUAAAAAGUUGUUCCAUCAGCAGCCCAGACGAGAGUGUGAAGCAUCUCACUUCUGUGCCGCUGCCUGGGAUUAUUCAGUGGGUGCAAAAUCAUCAGUUCUGCUGAUCCGUGAUCAGCAUGUUUAAUAAGAAAAAUUAAACUAAUCUCCUGAUGGGCUUCCAGGAGCUGAAGAUAAGCUCGGUCGGGGUGGGGAUUGCUGCCAACGUCGCGCGUGGUGUCACGGCAGGAUAAUGGGUAGAUUUAACGAACAGCAGUGAGCUCUUUGAGACACUGACUCCUUGGCACACAUGUGGGAUAACGUGCAUGAGAGCCUCUAAUCUAAAAAGUGGGGCAAGCACAGAGCUGUUGGGUACUGGGAGGAGCUGUACAGCAUGGGGUAACCUGUGUGCUGCUGGAGGGUUGUGGUGAGCCUGCUUUGGGUAUCGCUGCAGUGAGAGCAAAGUAAAGGAAAUUUUAUAGCUCAAGGAAGAGUCCAGCAUAUCGAGGGGUGCAGAAUGAGGGUGGCUUUGUCACUGUCUCUUCCCUUUCUGUAUGAAUACAAGUUUGUUUUGCUUGUGGCAGCUGUUUUUAGUAACUGUGAAAGAUUUAAGCCAGAGCAGCCUCAAGUGACACGAUGCCUGCUGCAUCUCAUAAGGGGCUCUCCAGUUUUUGCUCUGUUCUUUCCCUCCUAUUCAGAGGACCAGCCUCUGCUCUGUGUCCCAAACAGAGAGAAUUCACCAGCUUAUGGCUGGGCCUGUUGCCAAAAUACCUAACGGUGCUUCUUUGUGCCUCAGAAUUCCCUGUUUCCCAUGUUACACAAACGUCUCUUAGCCAGUCUUCCAGGACGUGUCACUGGCUGGGUUUGCUGUGCUUCUGUGAGGUUCAAUGUUCCAUAUUUGUCUGU